UACCAGGCCUGCACGAUGAACCUAAGUCAUCCAUGGACAGUAGAGUCUGUUGGUCUCUGUUUCGAAUCACUGAAUGGCUCCUGUGUAAAGAUUGUGUACUCUCCUGUUUUGAGAGCUCCUCUCUACCUGCUCUUUGCUAUAACCAUCAUACUGAUCGUGUACGGCAACCUGCUGGUCAUCUGCACCAUUUCAAGUUUCCAGCAGCUGCACACACCCACCAACUACCUGAUUGUCUCAAUGGCCGUAGCCGACCUUCUCCUGGGCGUCCUUGUCAUGCCACCCAGCAUGGUGCGAUCUUUGGAGACGUGCUGGUACUUCGGAGACUUCCUCUGCAAAUUUCACUCUAGCACUGAUUUUACUCUGUGUAAUGCCUCUGUGAUGCACCUCACGUUCAUUUCGAUCGAUCGCUACUACGCAGUGUGUCAGCCGCUCCAAUAUCACCGCAGAAUAACCACGCGUGUGAGCGUAGCCAUGAUCCUGGCCAGCUGGGGCUUUUCUGCUUUUGUUGGCUUCGGUAUCACUUUCUCAGAGCUGAAAGUUGAACGCGAAAGAACAAAGGAGCUGCAUGUUAAUUGCAAGGGAGGAUGUUUAGCGAUGCACGGCAGAGAAAUUGGCUUCACAUAUUCAAUCGUUUUCUACUUCAUCCCCAUGUUUGUAAUUGUCAGCAUUUAUAGCAAGAUUUUCUUUAUAGCACAGAAACAUGCCCGCGCCAUUCAUAACUACCCCACAAGCUCAUCGGUUAAUAAGAUGGAUCUGAAGGCCACUAAGACGCUGGCUAUUGUCAUUGGAGUUUUCAUGUGCUGUUGGACGCCUUAUUUCAUGUGUAACAUAAUAGAUCCUGUGGUAGGCCAUUCGAUACCAGCUCUAUUAUAUGAGGUGUUAAUGUGGUUGGCUUAUUUAAAUGCAGUGUUUAAUCCCAUGAUUUACGCUUUGUUUUACAGCUGGUUCAGAGAAAAAUCUAAACUUCUGUAUGAAAAACUAUACAAGCUUUGUUAA